AUGAAGUCCCUCUUGUUGGCCUCGGUCUUCUUCCUCGCCUCCAUUAUCGAGGCUCAUCCGGGACCACAUUCCCAACCAGAUCCCGUCCAUUUGGCCCGUCGCGGCGCACUGGCGAAGCGAUGCUCCGACUCGGUCGGCCUCAUGAAGAGGAACCGGCAUGCGAUGCGCCGGCGCGACUUGUCGCCAUCCGAUGGCACCACGGCCUACACCAUCACCGCUGAUGCCCCCAAAUAUGACUUCCUGAAAAACGAUACCUGCAUUUUGACACCAGAAACCAGCCCGGGGCCUUAUAUCUACCCGCGGAGUCAGACACUGCGCCAGAACCUGGUAGAAGAUCAGCCAGGGGUGCCCUUUGUCAUAGACAUUGGUCUCAUGGAUAUCCAUACCUGCGAGCCUUUGACGAACGCUUUGGUUGAUGUCUGGCACUGCAAUGCCAGUGGCUCGUAUAGCUCCUUUACCGGCUUGAAUCCGGAUGUGACGUUCCCGGAGCAGUACUUCGAGAGCACCGGCGAAGAGAUCAAUGCAGAUAACGGCAUGAGCGAUGUAUCGAUUAACGAAAAGAGGCAGUUCCUGGCAACGGACGAUACAACCUGGCUUCGCGGCAUGUGGCCGACCGACGAGAAUGGUGCGACCAGCUUCACGUCCAUCUUCCCUGGAUUCUAUACAAACCGCGCCAUCCAUGUCCAUGUGCAAGUGCACACAGACUGGAGUGUGACUGCCAACGGCACCAUUGGUGCAGGCAAAACGGUCAAUACAGCCCAGCUGUUCUUCAACGAUGAUUUAGCUGCCGAGAUCAUGACAGUGCCACCGUAUGCCAGCCACACGCAGAUCCCGCGGAAACCGGUGGCGGAGGAUGGGGUCUAUUAUGCGGAGGCAUCGACGGGGGCCAUGGCUAUCAUGGACACGGAGCCUCUGGAUGGCCAGGACUACAAGAAUGGAGUUCUUGGAUAUGUUACCUUGGGUGUGGACACUACCGCAAUCCAUAACGGUACCACUGAGAAUCCCAUGUCUCGGGAUCCAUCAAGAUCUCAGCAUCCAUCUAGGUCUUAUUUCACGAAAUUCCAUCAGCAGUCAAAACCAACAGGUUUGAUUAUUAGGCAGGAAACAUCCGACUAUUCUGCUCCUUAAUACUUGGCUGGGAGGCGACAAUGGCCAAAAUUAGCGUUGCCACAUUGCUCAGUAACCGAGAUUAACUACAGAAAAACCAAGACAAAGAAGACCGACCCCUUUCGGAGGUCCGUGAAGAAAGACAAAAGACUAGAUCGAGUACCAAAG